AUGGAACGACUCAAUAAUCCGAGAAAUUGUGAGCAAACGGGUAUUACAAAUCAAGAUCUGGUUUCCACGCGAAAGGUGAUACGGCAUUUAGGACCAGUUCUCCGUAAGAAAAAUGUAGAUAUCAAGUUUAUUUUGAGAGAAGUGAAGAAGUUAAGAAAGACAGAGCCCAGACAGUCGGAAGUUUUGUAUGAAACUGGAUCUGAGGACCGAUCUAAUUCGACAGUUCGUUUAUCAACAUCUUCACUGAUAGACAGUGAAACGAAUUUGAGUAAGGCCAAUCCUGCGACCAUUACCUCUAUGCCACAUACUGUUAAUCCAGUUAACGAUAGCGAUCCAGCAUCAGUUAUCGAUGGGUCAGGUUUGAACAACACGCAUUACGCGGAUGAACAGUUGUUGCCUCCGCCUAUUAAAGAAAAUAUUUUAUUACAUGCAAAUACUUCCAAAGACAUUGCGAUAGAGGGAUGCGAUAAAUACAAUGUUUCUGAAUCUUUAUUAACUAAUUUGGAAUUGAAAGACCAAGCAACCAUUAACAACCAAAUAAUUUCUAGGCAAGAUACAACAGAAAAUAUAAAUAUAGAAACCAGUCUCACGAGCUUUCAUUUAUCUGGCAGUUAUCUUGAUCAAGGUACUCUAGUAUCCUUAGAUGAUAUCGUAAUAAUACCUCUACAAUCAAGUACGCCAACAAGAAUAGAUUUUCAAGGUAUCACGUCGCCAGCAGUAGUUACAUUACCUCAUGUAAAAAACAAGGAAUCGUUGACCGAAUCUGAAAAACCUUACUCUGAAACAGAAGUUUUGUUCAAAACACCAAUGACAAUAGAAGAACAUCAAUUGUUAGCUUCUCAGUGUACAAUACUAGCAGAUCAGACUAUGACUGAACCUAUUUUAUCAACUGCAAUAUCAAAUUCAGGCUUUUCUACUAACGUUAUAUCGGAAAAUAACUAUUCCAUUUUAGGCAACACUAGCAGACAUCAACUAACGUCUAUGGAGUCACUUGAUAAUGUAAUAGUCAUACCUUCGGAAUCAACUGCACUCAGCACUAAUGCUUUUAGUAAGCAUUUAUUUGUGCCUGAACCCUUGUGUCCCUUCGAGCUUCAGAAGACUUUAGAAGCCGGCAUAGCGAGUUCAUUCGUGGUGAGCACAGCUCGGCGUGCCACCUGGCGAGUGUAUGAGGAUGUCAGCGCAAAGUACAUGAGUACUGGAAAUACCACGGAUCUCAUUUGCCAAUUGCGUCCGGUAUUGGGUCAAUUUGGUGUAUACACGUUGAACAUUAAUGGCAGUGGCUGCGACGUCAGGACUGACAAGGAGCCUGUCAAUAUUUACUUGCGUAAGUAUAAUAUUAAAAAGUAA